AUGUCCUACUCGGCCUUUGAUGACAGUCCCGGAUGGGGAGUACUUGAAGCCGAUCCUUCUAGUAGUGGCGAUAUCAUUCAAGAUGCGAUCCGGAAAGAUCAGCUAGUCAAGGAGAUAGUUUCAGCACAGGAGAAUCUCCGAGCCCUGCUUGAACGAGUCAAGGGCGUUCAGGGAGACGUCGACAAGAUCUCAUCGGAGAACGAGACCUUGCAAAUGUAUAUCGAUAAUUUAACAAUGCAAAUGGCAAAACGACGCUAA